UCUAUAGCACCGACAUGAUACUUGCUACAUGUUACAGAGUGACUGUGGUACUGCAUGGAAUGUCUGAUAUGAUUCUGUUUCUACACCAAGUUACAAAAUACGAUAAAGCUAAAGGAAAGAUCCCGUUUAAUCGAGUAUUCUAUUGCUUCUAACAAACAGCAACCACCCCCAUAAAUGCCAGUUCUGUAUAUCAGUGCUAUCACCUCCCUACAGUCCAUUCUGAGCUGAUGCUAGAAAUCCAAAACUUUCAGCAGGACUUCCCCCCCCCAUGAAUGACAUCUUGGUACAGUCCACACAGAUUUGGGAGCAGAGAUUUCCAGAUGCUCUUAUAUUCCUGAGGUCGCACUACACACAGGCUGGGGAGCACCAAACCACAGAGGUACAGCCGGAUUCUGCAUGCUUUGGGUUCAGCUAUUGCAGAACUACAACUCCCAGAAUCCACCCAGCCUGGUCUUGCAGUGCAUUGUGGUGGGAUUAAUAUAUUAACCUGAGCCACGGGCUCUGCGUGUUUUAAGGAAAGAAGACAAGGAGAAACCAGAACUUCAGGCACUCAGUGGGUGAUAAGUGGUUAUUGUGCUCCUGUGAGAAUGGACUGAACUGAAACACUAUUCAAGAAGAGAACAGAGGAGGUGCAAAGAAUAUGAGUUCUCCGGAGAAACGCCUGAAAAACCAGAAUUAUCUUGAGCUGAAGAAAGAGUGCAUUAGAAACGGGAAACUGUUUGAAGAUCCAGAAUUCCCAGCUUCUGACGAAUCACUGUUCUUCAGCAAAGCACCCGAAUUCAGAAUAGAGUGGAAACGGCCCAAUGAGCUUUGUGAGGAUCCUUGCCUGUUUGUGGAUGGAAUCAGCUCUCAUGACCUACACCAGGGCAGGCUGGGGAACUGCUGGUUUGUGGCUGCCUGCUCCUGCUUGGCUCUCAGAAAGGUGCUUUGGACUAAGGUUAUUCCAAAUUGGAAGAAACAAGAAUGGGAUCCAAAAAGACCACACAGAUAUGCUGGAAUCUUCCACUUCCAGUUUUGGUGCUUGGGGGACUGGAUAGAUGUUGUCAUUGACGAUCGCUUGCCAAGCGUUGAUGGGAAUUUAGUCUACUGCCAUUCCAAUGUGAAGAAUGAGUUUUGGAGUGCACUGCUGGAGAAAGCAUAUGCCAAGUUGGCUGGGUCCUACGAGGCUCUCGAUGGAGGCAACACAGCAGAUGCAAUUGUGGAUUUCACAGGAGCUGUAACAGAAAGUUUUGCGUUAGAUAAAGGCCACUAUCGGACGAGCCUGAACGAGCAGACAAAGCUGUUUGAGGACCUGUUAAAAGUUUUUAGAACGGGAGGUUUAAUCAGCUGCUAUAUCCAGCCUUUUUCCAUCAGUGAUAUGGAGACAGUGACUCCUUACGGCCUAGUGAAAGGUCACGCAUACUCUGUGACUGCGAUCAAGAAGAUGCCCGUGGGGCAGAGGAACCUGUGCUGCUUUGGCAAUUCUAACAAGCUGUUUAUGAUUAGAAUGAGGAAUCCUUGGGGGAACAGGGAAUGGAAAGGAGCAUGGAGCGAUGAAUCUGAAGAGUGGAACAAGGUGAGCAGGUCAGAAAAGGCAGCUCUUGGUCUGACUGUUGAAGAUGAUGGUGAAUUCUGGAUGACCUUUGAGGACUGGUGUUCGAACUUCUCCCAUGCUGAUGUUUGUUGGAUUCUGAACACCUCAUAUCUGAGCUGUUACAAAACGUGGCACAAAGAAGAGGUGCACGGAACAUGGAGCAAGAAUACAGAUCCUCUGUUAAAUCGCUCUGGAGGCUGCUUCAACCAUAAGACAACUUUCUUUCAGAAUCCUCAGUAUAUAUUUGAAGUGAGGAAGGAAGAAGAUGAAGUUCUGAUUUCUUUGCAGCAGAAAGACCAACGAACUUACAAGAAAGAUGGCAAAGGAAACAAUUUUGUCAUUGGUUUUGAAAUCUUCAAGGUAGAACUGAACCGGGAAUAUCGUAUUCACAAGCUCUCUGGACAAGAGAACGUUGUGACAUCUCCUUUUAUAAACCUGAGAGCCGUAUUUCUCAGAAAAGAACUGAAACAAGGAAAAUAUGUCAUCAUUCCCACGACCUACCAGCCUGGAAUCAGCAGCAACUUCAUCCUCCGCCUUUUUACAGAUAAGCCUUCCAAAUUCAGGGAGCUAUUGCUUGACAAGCCCAAGGUUACCUGCUGGAGCCUGCUGUGUGGCUACCCUCAGAGAGUCACUCAAGUGCUGGUUCGCCAUGUGGAAGGCGUUGGGAGACAGGGCCAAAUGGAAGGACCAAACUUGUACAUCAUGAUCAAAUGUGAGAAGCAGAUUGUUUGUUCCUCGGUUCACAAGAAAACCAACAGUGCAACAUUUGAUAUUCAAGCAAUUUUCUUCCGUAAGAACAUCAGUGAACCAAUCUGUAUUCAGGUCUGGGACAGCAGGAUCAUGUAUGAUCAGUUCCUGGGCCAAGUGCUCCUGCCUGGCUCACCCAGUGACUCAAAAGAAGAGCAGAGUCUCCAGCUGCAAGGAAGGCAUGGCCACAGCGAGGAGAGCAUGCCAGGACAGAUAACCAUCAAAGUCCUUUCCUCCGAUGACCUGCUUGAACUGUGAAUGUACAAGAGCGCUACAGAUACAGACAGGCCUCCAAGCAGUCUUGGAUUUCAGCAGCACUGACACGUGCCCAGGCUGCAUUCACAUGAGUGAGAGACUUCUAUCUGCAGGGCACCAGAGUGUUUCAUAUCUGCUUGAUCUCUGUACCGUGGUCCGUUACCAUCUUUAAUAAGGCAGACUAUUAUUAUUAUUAUUAUUCUCAGGCAGUUAAUACUUUGUUAUCUUAUAUCAGUCAUCAUUGUUCACACUUUCCACACCAAGUUCAAAGGUCACGACAUGCCCUUGGGUAAUGCAAAUGCUUCAUUUCCACUUAAUGUGACAUGUAUUGGUUUUGCUGGUGCAGGUAACUGGAGAAAUCCAAAUGAUGGAUAAAUCCACAGCCUUCGAGAUGGUGACAGCUCUACAUUACGCAGUUCUGCUACUUUCUCUUGAUUUAUAUUUUUAUAAGCCCCCAGCCAUUAAAGGGGAUGGUCAGCCUACAUUUUUGCAUAACGAUAGAUGUAAUUCUAAGCAACUUUCCAAUAUGAAUAAAACAUUUCCAGUUAUUUCAAAA